AUGGUUUUCUACGCCUAUGCCAAGAAUAGCAAUGACGAUUGGUCUUAUAGAUAUGUCAUUGUUGCACCAAAUUUCAACAUCCUCGACGAAUGGUACUACGAAGUCAAGGACAAGGUCGCAGACAAUGUCUUCUGGCGGGUUUCCAAUGAAUUCUACGUCUUUGACGCAACCAAGCUCAAACUUGGGAGAAGCACCGCCCCAGGGCAUGAGGCCCCCAAGUUCAUGAACAAGUUGAUUUUCCAGCUGCUCAGUGAUAAUGAGGGCAGGAACAUUAGUACUUUUAUUAACGGGCACCUGUCUGGUGGGACUGCUGAAUAA